GCAAGGUCUUCGCGAAUUGCGGACAAAUAUUUUUAAAAUAAUAAUAGACGUUAGAGGAAAAAUAAAGACAAAAUGAAAAAAGGGAAGAAAAAAAAUAUUUUCUCAAAAAUUAUUAUGGCUCUCAAUCAUUCUCCUGACAAGCAGAAGUUACAAGAUCUUGCAAACAGACUUAGAAUUUUGAGCAUAAAGUGUACUAAUGCAUCAAAAUCAGGACAUCCUACAUCAUGCUGCUCUAUGGCUGAAUUGACAUCUGUGUUAUUUUUUCAUACUCUAAAAUAUAAAGUAAGCAGUCCUAAAGAUCCAUCAAGUGAUCGAUUUGUAUUAUCUAAAGGCCAUUGUGCUCCAAUAUUGUAUUCUGCUUGGUGUCUUGCUGGAUUAUUUCCUGAGUCAGAAUUAAUGAAGCUUAGGCAAAUUGAUAAUGAUUUAGAGGGUCAUCCUACUCCGCGUUUAAGUUUUGUGGAUGUAGCAACUGGAUCAUUAGGACAAGGGUUGAGUUGUGCUGCUGGAAUGGCUUACACUGGAAAGUAUUUUGAUAAAGCCAGUUACCGUGUUUUUUGUUUAAUGGGAGAUGGUGAGAGUGCAGAAGGAAGUGUUAUAGAGGCAGCUAACUUUUCUUCAUUUUAUAAACUGGAUAAUUUGGUAGCUAUUAUUGAUGUAAAUCGUUUGGGUCAAAGUGACCCUACAUCAAUUCAACAUGAUUUAAAUUAUUAUCAAAGGAUGUGGGAAGGACAUGGUUGGAAUUCUAUAAUUGUUGAUGGUCAUGAUAUUGAAGCUAUAUGCCAAGCUUUUUAUGAUGCUGAACAUUUUAAGGGAAAACCUACCAUCUUGCUUGCCAAGACAUAUAAAGGUAAGGGGAUUCCCGGAGUUGAAGAUCAAAUGAACUGGCACGGAAAACCAAUUGGUGAUAAAACAGUUGAAGCUAUUUCUGCAAUAGAGAGCCAAAUGAUUGAUAAAAAUAUUAGUGGUGAAAAUAUAAAUCAUCAAAUAGUUAUCGAUGACGCAAAAGAGAUUGAUAUACAACCAAUAUAUUUAUCAGAGCUGCCUACCUAUAAACCAACUGAUAAGAUUGCUACAAGAGAGGCGUAUGGAUUGGCUCUUGCAAAACUCGGAAGAUCGUCAGAAAGAGUAGUAGCCAUGGAUGGAGACACUAAAAAUUCAACUUUUGCUAUAACAUUUCAAAAAGAAUUUCCAGAACGAUUCAUUGAAUGUUUUAUUGCUGAGCAAAAUUUAGUAGGAGUUGGAAUAGGAUGUGCAUCACGUGAUCGCACUGUUGCAUUUGCAAGUACUUUUGCUGCAUUUUUUUCUCGUGCCUAUGAUCAAAUUAGAAUGGGUGGAAUUUCUCAAACUAAGUUAAAAAUGGUUGGAUCUCAUGUUGGUGUAUCAAUAGGUGAAGAUGGUCCCUCCCAGAUGGCUUUAGAGGAUUUAGCUAUGUUUCGUGCUAUUCCGAAUUGUGUUGUGUUUUAUCCUUCUGAUGGUGUAUCUUGUGAACGUGCUGUGGAGCUUGCUGCUAACAUUCCCACCAUGUGUUACAUUAGAACUAGUCGACCAGCAACAGUAAAUGUUUACCCAAAUGAUACUAGUUUUACUGUUGGUCAUGGAAAGGUUGUUCAUCAAAGUGAUAAAGACGUGUGCUUGCUUGUAGGAGCAGGUGUGACCCUACAUGAAUGUUUAAAGGCGUACAACGUUUUAAAAAGCGAAGGUCUUUACGUUCGUGUUUUUGAUCCAUUUACCAUUAAACCACUUGAUCAUGAAGGUCUUAUUUCAAAUGCAAUUGCUUGUGAAGGCAAAGUAGUUGUUGUUGAGGAUCACUAUCCUGAAGGUGGUCUCGGUGAAGCUGUUUCUGGAGCGUUAUCUAUGACAAAUGUUAGAGUGAAAAGAAUUUCUGUUAACGGUUUGCCUAGAAGCGGUCCACCGGAUGCACUUCUUGAGCUGUUUGGUAUCAGCUCAAAUCAUAUUAUUGCAGCCGUAAAAAAUGCUUUUUAAUCAAGUCGCAACUUUAUGCUUGCAAAUGUUUUGUUGUUGUUUUUGUUCAUUGGUUAUUAUACUUUUUGUGCUCAUAUCGAAUGCUUUAUGCAAGAACCACACUGACUAUUGAUUGGUUGAUACAAUAUUAAUGAAAAUUGGCAAAAUUCAAUUUUAAUUCACUUAAAGUCAAUUUAUUAAUUUCAUUAUAGUUUUUUCGUUGUAGUUUUUUUAUAUUUAGUAAUUUAGUUUAGUUGGUUUAGGUCUGGGUAAUUUAUUAUAGAGAAUUUUGUAAAAUUUGUAGGCAAUUUUUAUUUUAUCCUAUCGUAUGUACUACUUAGGUUUUAUGUAGUUUUUAACUAUUAUUUUAAGUUUUUAAUGUACUUUUUGACGCCACAUUUAGUAGAAAAGGAUUUUAAUUUGAGAAAACGGUAGUUUGAAAA